UUGAAAAUAUGGGGGUAGAACAUGGUGUUUAUGGGGAGUGGGCUGUACUGUUUCAGUCCAUUGAAAAAUAUUUUUUUGAAUUUAUUUUGGAGCUUAUAGGUAUUUGGGGCCAAAAGGGCCAAUUUUGGGUUCCAGGGGCUCUCUAGGCCCUUAAAAAAUGGUUAAGAUCAAUGUAGACACCCCUACACAUUAGACACACAUGGAAGUGUCCUUUUUUGCAGGGAUUGCUGGGAAGAAGAAGGAGGCUGUCGAGGUUGGGACUCUGAAGAGGGAGGUAUAGGCAGAGCCAGUGUCUAAAAGGAAUCCUGAUCAGGACCAGAGUCCUUGUCAAAGAAAAAACAAACCCGAGAGAGGCUCUAGUGUGAGCUUGAAGAGAGGAAAUUUGAUCUACCACACAGUGACAUCUUCACCAUGGACACCAUGAUGGACGAAGAGAUCAUCGAGGACAGAACCAAGCUGAAGCAGGGUCUGUGUAAAGUGCUGCAGUGUGUGGCCACCAUCUCCUCUGCAGCCGCUGUAGUUAACCCUAUCUUUGGAGUAGCGGGUUCUCUGAUCCGGGUGGUGCUGCACCACAUCGAUGACGAGGACAUUCGCACCCUGAAGCGUGAGUUCGGCUCGGUGAACCGAGCUCUGGACCAGCUGUCCCAGAUUAACCGCAACACGCUGGUUCAGAUCAGGAAGGAGACGGUGGACGGCCAGUACCUCCGCGUGGAGGAGAACCUGAAGAACCAGUUCAGGAAGUUCAUGGAGAUGGUGGAAGCUCGACCAGAGCAUCGCGAGCGCAAGAAGGACGACUUUGAGGAGAGCUACGCCAAUGACUUGGGAGACCAGAACCUGCACACGCUGUACGACGGUGUGGUGGGCAAACGUAAGCUCUUCAGCCGGCCCAUCCUGGAGGUUUACCUAAAGCACUCGCAGGGCGACCGCCAAACUAUGGAGGUUCUCUGCACACGCCUCACCUACCUGUUCUGCAUCGGCCUCAUCGCCCUCAUGGGCUACGCCGCCGUCAUCGGAGAUGACGAGGAGGGCCUGAGUGAGGAGUGGGCUGAGAAGAUGGAGCAUGUGCAGGAGAAGAUGCAAGAGGCUCUCCGCAGGUGCCACUGAAGAAAGAAUAAAGAGGAGCUCUUCUUGUCGUGCACUUUUGCUUUCCCUUCAUCACCUGGACUCACAUGUCCACAUUCCCUCUGUAACUCCUUCGUCUUCCUCUUUUCUCUCCCUAGAAGCACUUUGUAAGCAUCUACAGCACUGCUUUAAAAUCCAGUGGUAUGAGAAAAAAAAACCCAUCUCAUACUUUUCAUGACAGUAUGCCCAUAUUCUCUGCAUAUGCAAACAGUCUCUGAGCCACUUUGACAUGUAAGCAGACCCAAAUGAAAAGAAAAAGUCUAAACAUCACAAUUGGCUCACAGAUAAGGCUUAAAGCCAUGUAAUAAAUAUGAAAGGUUAAAACCGUGAUAGUAGUCAACAUUAAAAUCUCUGCAAUUAAUUAUAAGUCUACUCUUAAGGCUAAAUUUCAAGCAUGAAUGCAAGAAAACGACACUACUAAGGAUGCAUGAUAUUGGAUUUUGCCAGUAUCAACACAUAACCAUGGUUCAGACCUUAAACUUCCUUAAACUUAAAGUCUGUUUUUGCUGCCUAUAACUCUUCUCUACAUAUGACCAAUAUUAACAGCCGAUAUACCGUCAGUGAAAAUGGUCACAUCUGCCAGUUGUGAUGAUUAAGUUUCCAAAUCAGUAUGUGACAGUAUCAUGCUAAAAAAAUGUGUAUCUCAACACUACAUAUCAAAACAACACUAAAGCUAGCUAAACAUGUAAUCUGAUUAUAGCAUCAUGUAGAAACCAAGAAAACUAAUCUUGAUAUAAAUGCAGCUUGAUUUUAUUUUAAAUGUCAGACUUUGCAAUCUAGCCCAAACCAUUUUUUUUUAAGUUUCUGAGUUACAUUUAUAACACUAAAAGCAAUCAGAUUUUUGGAAUACCAUACUAACUAGCUAAACUAAAACCUCCUGAAACCAGAGACAUACAUGAGUGGAUUUAAUCAGGAACAGGAAGCAACUUUGUCUGCUGUAACACUAAUCUAUCUCCACUAGAGGGAGCUAUUUUUGCAAUACAGUUUCAUUGCAGAGCUGCUAUAUCAUUUAGGGCAAAACUAUAGAUGAGAAAAAUCCAACUAGAAUCCCAAAGUUUUCAUGGCUAUGAAUGUAACAGCAGUAAAAAUAAUCACAGGUAUGCAUCUUGUAUAAUCAAACUGCCAUGUGCAAAACAACAUAGUUGCCGCAAACAUUGAGAUUAUGAUACACUAUUUUUUUGCUGCUAAUACCAAGCCUAAUCUAAAUUAACACUAGUUUUUGAUGCUGCUGUACUAUUUUUCUCAAAUGAAAAACUGAAGAAUAAUAAUUAAAAACACUAAAGGUACACAGAAACUGAAUUAGUGACACUAUCUAGUUAAGCACUUCACCAAAAAAUGGUUUUUAUUUCUGCUUUCAGUUUCCACUGUCUAGAUCUUUCUGUUCCUGCUCCUUACUGCUAAAGUACAUCAUGUUUUAAAUGUUUCAGAGCCAGUCAUACUGUCAUAGUGUGAUUCUCUACUCUUAUUUUGUUCUGUCCUGUUUCAGUCUUUAUUUGCCGUGGCCUGAUGCCUUAUAGCAACGCCACGAGUUAAUUUGUAACAUAAAAAUAAAAGUAUUUAGGGGUUUCUUUGGUGUAUGGCCAUUUAGAACGUCCAAAACAACAUGGAAUAAUAAUUACUUGAGAUCAUUAUAAUUUUUUAAAGGUUGAGUCUCAUCAUCAUGAUAAAUGUUGCUCUCCUCAUCAUAACCUCCUCCUCCUCUGACCAACAGUGCCUAAAUGUGCCAUUAAUUUUAUAUUAUUUUUUUAUUUUAAGGGUUUUUUCUGUAUCAUUUAGAUAUAUUUUUGUGUGAGGCAUUCUGUUAUAAAAGUUUCUAUGCUGUUGUUCAGACUUGUGUUUAAAUAUUUGUAAAUGUUCCUUUUUUUAAUCAAACAGGUUUGAAUCUGUCCAGUUUGAAUCUGUCCAGUUUAAAGGUUGACGGUGGUCAGACAUGAUCACUAAAAAGUAUCCAGCUUCCAUUCCUCUCUGUUAAUGUGUUUUACAUUUAUCUCAGUUUGUUUAACAGUCAUAGAAAUUAAAAAACUAACUCUGCCUGUAACUCAGUUAUGGUAUUGUGGCAUUGUGCCAUCUCUAUUAUUGUCACAUCAGAUUCAAGGCUGCAGAAAUAUAAUAUAUUCAACAAGCUGUUGAUAUGGAGGAUUAUAUGAACCUCUAAAAAGCUUUUAUGAAAUGUCUUUUGUAAAUUUGUCGCCUUUUUUGUUAUGAAUCCUAGACGCCUGGUUGUACAUGUACCACUACAAAUAAAAAGGAGUGAAUAUA